AUGUCUCGGUUCCUGGACAUGGCGGAGUUUGGUGAAGCAGCUCGAUACCUUCGUCUCACCAACCUGGAGCAGCUGGCUGCGAAGGCCAUGGCCUUUGAUGGGACGAAGCGUGUUUGGAUGCCUGAUGAAGUGGAAGCGUACAUCGAGGUGGAGGUCAAAGAGCUGAACGGAGACAAGUCCACCGUGGAGACCAAGGACGGACGGUUUCUGAUAGUGAAAGAGUCUGACCUGCAGCCAACCAACCCUCCUAAGUUCGACAUGCUGGAGGACAUGGCGAUGCUGACGCACCUGAACGAGGCGUCGGUGCUGUUCAACCUGCGCAGGAGAUACAGCAUGUGGAUGAUCUAUACGUACUCCGGCCUGUUCUGUGUGACGGUGAACCCGUACAAGUGGCUGCCGGUCUAUGCUGCUCAGGUGGUGGCGGGCUACAAAGGGCGGCGCCGAGCAGAAGCCCCGCCCCACAUCUACUCUGUGGCUGACAACGCCUACAGCGACCUCCUGCAGAAUCGAGAGAACCAGUCGAUGCUGAUCACUGGAGAGUCCGGUGCUGGUAAAACAGUGAACACUAAGAGGGUGAUCCAGUACUUCGCCAUCAUCGCGGCUCUGGGGGAAAACGCCACAAAAGAAGGCUCUCUGGAGGAUCAGAUCAUUGAAGCUAACCCCGCCAUGGAGGCGUUCGGAAACGCCAAAACCAUCCGCAACGAUAACUCCUCCCGCUUCGGAAAAUUCAUCAGGAUCCAUUUCGGGCCGACAGGAAAGUUGGCUUCGGCUGACAUCAACAUCUAUCUUCUGGAGAAGUCCCGAGUUGUGUUCCAGCAGCCAGCAGAGAGAAGCUACCACAUCUACUACCAGAUUCUGUCCAAUCACAAGCCAGAGCUACAAGACAUGCUGCUGGUGACCACCAACCCCUACGACUAUCACUUCUGCUCUCAGGGCGUCACUACGGUGGCAAGCAUCAACGACGGAGAGGAGCUAAAGCUCACUGACCAUGCCAUGGACACGCUGGGCUUCACUGCCGAGGAGAAGUACGGCUGCUAUAAGCUCGUGGGAGCCAUCAUGCACUUUGGAAACAUGAAGUUCAAGAAGAGGCAGAGAGAGGAGCAGGCUGAGGCCGAUGGCACCGAGAGUGUGGAUAAAGCCGCCUAUCUGAUGGGCAUCAACUCUGCGGAGCUGCUGAAAGGCCUACUGAACCCCCGAGUCAAGGUGGGGAACGAGUACAUCGUGAAGGGCCAGACUGUGGAGCAGGUGAACUUCGCUGUGGCGGCUCUGGCCAAAGCGACGUACGACCGGAUGUUCAGGUGGCUGGUGACUCGGAUCAACUCGUCCUUGUACACGUCUCUGCCUCGACAGUACUUCAUCGGAGUCCUGGACAUCGCCGGCUUCGAGAUCUUUGAGUUCAAUAACUUUGAGCAGCUGUGCAUCAACUACACCAACGAGAAGCUGCAGCAGUACUUCAACCACCACAUGUUCAUCCUGGAGCAGGAGGAGUACAAGGCCGAGGGCAUCGAGUGGACCUUCAUAGACUUCGGCCUGGACCUGCAGGCCUGCAUCGACCUCAUUGAGAGGCCAAUGGGGAUCCUGUCCAUCAUGGAGGAGGAGUGCAUGUUCCCCAAGGCAACCGAUAUGAGCUUCAAGACCAAACUGUACGACAACCAUCUGGGGAAGUCGCCUAACUUUCAGAGGCCGCGGCUUGACAAGAAGCGUAAAUAUGAGACACACUUCGAGGUGGUUCACUAUGCCGGAGUGGUUCCCUAUAACAUCACCGGCUGGCUGGACAAGAACAGAGAUCCUCUGAACGAGACGGUGGUGGCGCUGUUCCAGAAAUCAUCCCACAAGCUGAUGGCCGGACUGUUCGAAGACUACAUCAGCUCAGACAUGGCCGGAGACCCGAAGGCUGAAGGCAAACACAGGAAGAGGAAAGCUGCUUCCUUCCAGACGGUUUCACAGCUUCACAAGGAGAAUCUGAAGAAGCUAAUGACGAACCUGCGCAGCACUCAGCCGCACUUCGUCCGCUGCAUCAUCCCAAAUGACGACAAGAGUCCAGGUGUAAUGGACCCCUUCAUGGUCUUGCACCAGCUCAGGUGUAACGGAGUCCUGGAGGGGAUCAGGAUCUGCAGGAAGGGCUUCCCAAACCGGAUCCUGUACGCUGAGUUCAAACAACGUUAUCGGAUCCUGAACCCAAGUGCCAUCCCGGAGGACUCGUUUGUGGACAGCAGGAAGGCCGUGGAGAAGCUGCUGGGCUCUCUGGACAUCGACCACACACAGUACAAGUUCGGACACACCAAGGUCUUCUUCAAGGCGGGUCUGCUGGGUCUGCUGGAGGACAUGAGGGACGCCCGUCUGUCCCAGCUGCUCACCAUUGUCCAGGCCAUGGCCCGGGGGAAGCUGAUGAGGAUGGAGAGACAGAAGAUGAUGCUGCAGAGGGACGCCAUCAUGGUGAUCCAGUUCAACCUGCAGGCCUUCUUCUCCGUGAGGACGUGGCCGUGGAUGAUGCUGUUCUAUAAGCUCCGCCCCCUGCUCAGGAGCGCUCAGGUGGAGAAAGAACUGGCUGCUCUGAAGGAAGAGUUCAAGAAGCUCAAAGAGGCCUUCGACAGGGCGGAAGCAAAGCGUCGGGAGGCCGAGGAGCGGCAGGUGGUUCUGGUUCAGGAAAAGAACGACCUGGCUCUGCAGCUCCAGGCUGAGCAGGACAACCUGACGGAUGCAGAGGAACGCUGCAACCAGCUGAUCCAGUCUAAGAUCUCUCUGGAGUCGAAGCUGAAGGAGCUGCAGGAGCGUCUGGAGGACGAGGAGGAGAUGACCGCCACGCUGAUGUCCAAGAAGCGCCAGCUGGAGGAGGAGACGGUGUCUCUGAAGAAGGACGUGGACGACCUGGAGAUGACUCUGGCCAAAGUGGAGAAGGAGAGACACGGAGUGGAGAACAAGGUGAAGAAUCUGUCCCACGAGAUCCGUGUCCUGGACGAGUCCAUCGCGUCCCUGACCCGAGAGAAAGCCGCCCUGCAGGAAGCUCACCAGCAGGCUCUGAGCGACCUGCAGGCUCAGGAGGACAAGGUCAACAUGCUGGCCAAGGCCAAGGCCCGGCUGGAGCAGCAGGUGGACAGCGUGGAGGGCUCCUUGGAGCAGGAGAAGAAGGUUCGGCUGGAGCUUGAACGAGUUAAACGGAAGCUGGAGGGAGACCUGAAGCUGUCCCUGGACUCAGUGAGGGACCUGGAGAACCAGAAGGGAGACAUGGAGGAGAGACUAAACAAAAAAGACUUUGAGACAAGUCAGCUUCAGUCCAAGCUGGAGGACGAGCAGAGUCUGGUGACUCAGCUGCAGAAGAGGAUCAAAGAGCUUCAGACUCGUAUAGAGGAGCUGGAGGAGGCGCUGGAGGCAGAGCGGGCGUGGCGCUCCAAAGCCGAACGCCAGAGAAACGACAUCAGCAGAGAGCUGGAGGAGCUGGGGGAGAAGCUGGAGGAGGCGGGAGGAGCCUCGGCCGCUCAGAUCGCUCUCAACAGGAAGAGGGAGGCGGACUUCUUGAAGAUGCGGCGGGAGCUGGAGGAGGCAGGGCUUCACCACGAGGCCACAGCUGCCACGCUCAGGAAGAAGCACUCGGACACAGUGGUGGAGCUGAGCGAGCAGAUAGACGCGCUGCAGAGAGCCAAGCAGAAGCUGGAGAAGGAGAAGGCCGAGUUCAGGCUGGAGGCAGACGACCUGGCCGCCAACGUGGAGCAGCUGAGCAGGAACAAGGGAGCAGUGGAGAAGAUGUGCCGGGCCUUCGAGGACCAGCUGAGUGAGACCAGGAGCCGAGCCGAGGACUUGCAGAGACAGCUCACCCAGGUCUCUGCUCAGAAAACUCGAGCCGUCACAGAGACCGCCGAGUUCAGCCGGCGCCUGGAGGAACGGGAUGCUCUGAUUGGCCAGCUGCAGCGCUCCAAGGCUGGCGUCUGCCAGAGUGCCGAGGACCUGAAGAGGCAGCUGGAGGAGGAGAGCAAGGCCCGCGUGGCACUCGCCCACGCCGUGCAGUCGUCCCGCCAUGACAGCAGCCUGCUGAGGGAGCAGCUGGAGGAGGAGCAGGAGGCCAAGGCCGAGCUGCAGAGGGAGCUGUCCAAAGCCAACGGACAGGUGGUGCAGUGGAGAGCAAAGUACGAGACGGACGCCGUGCUGAGGAUAGAGGAGCUGGAGGACGCAAAGAAGAAGUUGGUGGUCAGACUGCAGAAGACGGAGGAGGCCGUGGAGACAUCUCAGGCCAAAUGUUCCUCUCUGGAGAAAUCCAAACACAGUCUGCAGACGGAGAUCGAGGAGCUGCUGGUGGAGCUGGAGCGCACCAACGCUGCGGCGCUGGCUCUGGACAAGAAGCAGCGCAACUUCGACAAGCUGCUGAGUGACUGGAAGCUAAAGUUUGAGGAGAGUCAGACAGACCUGGAGGCGUCGCAGAGAGAGUCCCGCAGUCUGAGCACCGAGCUCUUCAAACUCAAGAACUGCUACGAAGAAGCUCUGGACCAUCUGGAGACAGUGAGACGGGAGAACAAGAACCUACAAGAGGAAAUUCUGGAUCUGACAGAUCAGAUCAGUCAGGGAGGGAAGACCAUCUACGAGCUGGAGCGAGUGAAGAAGAUCCUGGAUGUGGAGAAGAGCGACAUCAGAGCAGCUCUGGAGGACGCAGAGGGCACUCUGGAGCACGAGGAGAGCAAGACUCUGAGGUUCCAGAUGGAGCUGCAUCAGAUCCGGACCGAGAUCGAGCGUAAGAUCAGAGAGAAAGACGAAGAGAUUGACAACCUCAGGCGGGGCCACCAGCGCUCCCUGGAGACCAUGCAGGCCAGUCUGGAGGCUGAGGUCCGCAGCCGCAGUGAGGCGGUCCGUCUGAGGAAGAAGAUGGAGUCGGACCUGAACGAGAUGGAGAUCCAGCUGGGAUACGCCAACAGACAGGCGGCCGAGAGCCAGAGACUCAUCAGACACCUGCAGACUGAGGUGAAGGAGCAGCAGGUGGAGCUGGAGGACAAAGUCCACCUGUCCAACCAGCUGAGGGAGCAGAUCGUGCUGCUGGAGCGCCGAUGUGCCCUGAUGGCGGCGGAGGAAGAGGAGCUGCGCGGCGUCCUGGAGCAGACGGACCGCGGCCGCAAGCUAGCGGAGCACGAGCUGGUGGAGGUGACAGAGCGGCUGCAGCUGGUCUCAGCUCAGAACUCUGGUCUGAUGAGCCAGAAGAAGAAGCUGGAGGCCGACCUGUCACUGCUGAGCGGGGAGGUGGACGAGGCUCUGCAGGAGAGCCGCAGCGCCGAGGACAAGGCCAAGAAGGCCCUCACUGACGCGGCUCUGAUGGCCGAGGAGCUGAAGAAGGAGCAGGACAACAGCAGCUCCAUGGAGAGGAUGAAGAAGAACAUGGUGUCCACGGUGAAAGAACUGCAGGUGAAACUGGAUGAGACGGAGCAGAUGGCUCUGAAGGGAGGAAAGAAACAGCUUCACAAGCUGGAGACCAGAGUGAGGGAGCUGCAGACGGAGCUGCUGCUGGAGCAGAAGAAGAGCGAGGAGUACCAGAAAGGAGUCCGUCGCUACGAGAAGAGACUCAAAGAGCUCACCUAUCAGACGGAGGAGGACAGGAAGACUCUGCUGAGGAUGCAGGAGCUCGUUGACAAGCUGCAGUCCAAAGUCAAGAGCUACAAGAGACAAGCAGAGAGCGCUGAGGAGCAGGUGAACUGCAGCACGGUGCGCUUCAGGAAGGUCCAACACGAGCUGGACGAUGCCGAGGAGAGAGCGGACAUCGCAGAGACCACCGUCAACAAGCUGCGGAUCCGAACCCGCGAACAGUCCAGCAAGGUGGCCAUGAUCGUCGAGUGAAGCUCCGCCUCCUCUCAGACGAUCGGUGUGACGUUUGCUUGCUGUGUGUCUGAAGUGUUUGUGUAGUCCAGGAUCACGGGGGACGCAUCGAUCUGCAUCUGCUGGAAACACGACAAUAUGUUUCUAUUUAUCCACUGAAACACAGAGACAAGACGUCUGACAGCUGGAGGACAGCAGAGCACUUUACUACUGAACAAUACACAUUUAUCAAGCGGUGAAAAGUAACUAAAUACAUUUACUCAAGUACUGUAG